GGCGCGCCGUUUCAGUGCCAGGGUCCCCAGCGGGUUUUUCUCAGUGGCGGCGGAGGUGGAAGGAAACGGAGUCAACUCUGCUCCCCAUGUGGCCUCGAUGCAUGGUUGAUGACUUUCUCUCCAGAUGCUGAGGUACCUGUAUCCUUGGCACAGGCCAUUACUGAGCUUUAGUUGGAGUAGGCUGUGCCUUCUGAAGCAAUAUCUGUUUACGAUGAAGUUGCAUUCUCCAGAAUUCCAGUCACUUUUCACAGAAGGAUUGAAGAGUCUGACAGAAUUGUUCGUCAAAGAGAACCAUGAAUUAAGAAUAGCAGGAGGUGCAGUGAGGGAUUUAUUAAAUGGAGUGAAGCCUCAGGAUGUGGAUUUUGCCACCACCGCUACCCCAGCUCAGAUGAAGGAGAUGUUUCAGUCAGCUGGGAUUCGGAUGAUAAACAACAAAGGAGAAAAGCACGGAACGAUUACUGCCAGGCUUCAUGAAGAAAAUUUUGAAAUUACGACACUACGGAUUGAUGUCCUCACUGAUGGAAGACAUGCUGAGGUAGAAUUCACAACUGACUGGCAGAAAGAUGCUGAACGCAGAGAUCUCACUAUAAAUUCAAUGUUUUUAGGUUUUGAUGGUACCUUAUUUGACUAUUUUAAUGGUUAUGAAGAUUUAAAAAAUAAGAAAGUUAGAUUUGUUGGACAUGCUAAACAGAGAAUACAAGAAGAUUAUCUAAGAAUUUUAAGAUAUUUCAGGUUUUAUGGGAAAAUUGUAGACAAACCUGGUGAUCAUGAUCCUGAUACCUUGGAAGCAAUUGCAGAAAAUGCAAAAGGCCUGGCUGGAAUAUCAGGAGAGAGGAUUUGGGUGGAACUGAAAAAAAUUCUCGUUGGUAACCAUGUAAAUCAUUUGAUUCACCUUAUCUAUGAUCUUGAUGUAGCUCCUUAUAUAGGUUUACCUGCUAAUGCAAGUUUAGAAGAAUUUAACAAAGUCUGUAAAAACGUUGAAGGUUUCUCACCAAAGCCAAUGACUCUUUUGGCCUCAUUAUUCAAAGUACAGGAUGAUGUCACAAAAUUGGAUUUGAGGUUGAAGAUUUCAAAAGAAGAGAAAAACCUUGGCUUAUUUAUAGUCAAAAAUAGGAAAGAUUUGAUUAAAGCAACAGAUAGUUCAGAACCAUUGAAACCCUAUCAAGACUUCAUUAUAGAUUCUAGGGAAUCUGAUGCAUCUACCCGUGUGUGUGAACUACUGAAGUACCAAGGAGAGCACUGUCUCCUAAAGGAAAUGGAGCAGUGGUCUGUUCCUCCCUUUCCUGUAAGUGGCCAUGACAUCAGAAAAGUGGGCAUUUCUUCAGGAAAAGAAAUUGGUGCUCUAUUACAACAGUUGCGAGAACAAUGGAAAAAAAGUGGUUACCAGAUGGAAAAAGAUGAACUUCUCAGUUACAUAAAGAAGAACUAAAAUUGAUGGCUAUUAAAAACUGGAACAUUUUUGGUAGUACUGUUUUUCUUACCCUCCCUAUUCGUGAGAUUUAGAAACUAGUGGAAUAAAAACCAGCUUAGAGGACCUCUUCAGUUGAAUAAAGGUUUUACUUUAUGAAAUAUAUUUCGGGCACUAAACUGAAGUCUACCUCCUCUUGAUCUGAUUAGUAUCACUGAACCUUAUAAUGCUUUUGGAAUAGUUCCAACUGAGAAAGGUAUAGCUGGCUUCUAUCUUUUUAUUUUUGCAUAGAGCAGUACUAAGACUGAUCUUAAAAAGGUAAUUGUCUUAAAGAAUAGAUGUUUAUUUGCAAGUGAAAUAACUGGUUACUCUAUAUGAUGACUGUCUAUAAGUGUCACUUCUUAUCUGAAUUCUAAAAUAAACUUGUGCCUAAAAGAAGAUCGUUGACAAAUUUGAAUAAAAUAUCCUAUAUAAAAUACAAAUACUAAAUGUGCCAUGGGUGGCUGACAUUCAUAUAUACAGGAUUUGUUCUAGUAAGCUAUGUUUCAGUAUGUUAUUUUUCUCUGUCAUAAUUUCUUUAUGUAUGCAAAGCCUGGGAAAGUUAAGUUAUGGGAUUAACUUGAAUGUUACUCUUCUGACAAGUAUGCAAGUGUUCAUAUAUU